AUGAAAUAAUAAGAUUAAUAAAUAAUAAAAGCAAAAAUUGAAAACAGAAUAAGGAGUUAAAUUAACAAAAAAAAAGCAAACUCAAUAAAAAGAAAAAGAAAAUAAAUCAAAUAAAUUAAAAGUUUUAAAUUAGUUUAAAUAAUUAAAAACAUCACAAUCCAAAAUAAAUAAACUAUUUUUACUAAAGGUACAGAAUCAAAUUUGAGAGAUUAGUGCAAUUUGCUAAACCAGAACCUAAGCCUAAUGCACCUUAAUCGCCAAUAAAUUCAAAAAUCUGACUAUUCUAAUCCAAAAAUAUUUCCCUACACUUUAAGAAGUUUUUAUCAUUUCAUCAAUUGA